AUACAGUGUCCGCUAGCUCGUUUGCACACGAGGGCAUACCCAGCUUUUUGUGUAAAGCUGAAACCCGAAACAACCUGGAAGGUGUGUCCGAGACUUCGUAAGCAACAAAUGAAUAGCGGUUGAAACGGAAGGGAGAGUGGGAGACGACAGUUGAAAACUGAAGUAUUUUGAUUCGUUAAUCUUUAAACACGGAGUCAAAAGAGUUCGACUCAUCAGAGAAAUUGAUUGAUCAUUAAAAGAGGAAGAAGAAGAAGAAGAAGAAGAAGAAGAAGAAGAGAGAGAGAGAGAGAGAGAGAGAGAGAGAGAUGCAAACCCAUAUGGGUUACUAGCUCUAUCUAUAGAGAAUUCUUUGCCGUUGAAAGGCGUGAGAGGAAUGGAUCUCAGAAGAUCGAUAUUUGGAUUCGCCGUUUUGGUUGUCUUUGUGGUCUGCCAUGUCUCGGCCAAUGUGGUAUUGAAUGUGGUGAACAAGUUUGAUGGGCGGCAGCAGGGGUCUCUGAGUGCCAUGAAAGAACAUGAUAGUCGUCGUCACCGUCGGAUGCUGUAUAACAUUGAUCUCCCCUUGGGUGGAAAUGGGCUUGCAGAUUCUACCGGGCUUUACUUUACACAACUUGGAAUCGGCUCUCCUACAAAGACAUACUAUGUUCAAGUUGACACAGGAAGUGACAUUUUAUGGGUGAAUUGCGUCGGAUGUGCUAAUUGUCCAACGAAAAGCGAUCUUGGUGUUGAUCUUAAGCUGUAUGAUCCAAAUGCCUCGAAUACUGCACAAAUAGUUGGUUGUGAUGCAGAGUUCUGUGCUGUUGCAUCUGGAGGACCCAUUCCUGGUUGCAUCCCUAAUUCAUCCUACUGUGGAUAUAAUGUGGUAUAUGGGGAUGGGAGUUCAACUUCUGGAUACUAUGUGAAUGAUGUUAUACAAUUUAAUCAAGUUACUGGAAACCUCCAAACUACAACAACAAAUAAAAGCAUUAUUUUUGGGUGUGGUGCUAAACAAUCUGGUGAUCUAGGUUCAACUAAUGGAGCACUUGAUGGCAUACUUGGUUUUGGACAGUCAAAUUCGUCCAUGAUUUCCCAACUAGCUUCAUCUGGAAAAGUAAACAAGAUUUUUUCUCACUGCUUUGGUGGUGCUAAUGGAGGUGGAAUCUUUGCUAUUGGAGAAGUGGUACAGCCCAAAGUAAAGACAACUUCAUUGGUACAGAAUCAGCCACACUACAAUGUCAAUAUGGAGUCAGUGGAGGUCGGUGGUACUGUUCUGCAACUUCCCACUGAUGUAUUUGAUACUGGGAACCAGAAAGGGACUAUAAUUGACAGUGGUACAACCUUGGCUUAUCUUGCAGACGUGAUUUAUGAACCUAUGAUGAAUGCGAUAAUGGCUCAAAACCCCAAUUUGACAUUUCAAUCUGUUGAGGGUCAGUUUUCAUGCUUUCAGUAUACUGACAGCGUGGAUAAGGGAUUUCCAAGUGUCACUUUCAAUUUUCAAAAUUCACUCGCUUUAGUGGUUUAUCCUCAUGAUUAUCUAUUCCAGUACCAAGGAGAAACGUGGUGCAUUGGUUGGCAAAAUAGUGGAAAUCAGUCCAGAGAGGCGAGGGAUUUGAAUCUCUUGGGAGAUUUAGUCUUAUCAAAUAAGCUAGUUAUAUAUGAUCUUGAAAAUCAGACCAUUGGGUGGACUGAAUACAACUGUUCUUCCACCAUUAAAAUGCAGAAUGAUCAGACUCGAGCUUCAUUUCAAGUAGGUUACCAUGAUAUUUCUUCUGCCUGGAGUCCUGAUAUGGGAAGGUUUGUAACAUUCUUGUUACUAACGUUCAUGCUGCAUAAUUUGACUGAUUUUUUUUUUGUGGUUAAUAGGUUGUUUGAGUUCCAUUGAUUUUGUUGUUUCAUAAUUUUUUAUUCAAAUGUGCACUUGAUAGUCGUUUUUAUUUAUACAGCCCCCAAUAUUUUUCAGUGUACAUUUUUGAGAGACAGGACACAUGUCUAUCCUUGUGCAUAUAAUGGAGUAUCUUAUAAAAGAUUGAUAAUCAUACAUUUCUGUAAUGAAGAGUCGAUGUUCGGGAUUGUUUGAAUUGAAAAACAUGGGGAAAGUCCCAUACAUUCCCAUAUA